GCACUGUGGAAUGACAGGCAUUCCUCCUUGAAAGGAGCUGGCAUGGGAGCUUAUUUAUGAGAAUCGUGAAGUGUCCGGCCCAGGGGUACAGGAAAUACAGGAGGGGUUUGUGCUUCGACCUACACCCCGGCCGUUUCCUGAGUUCUGGCUGUUGUUGUUCUGCUCCCCGGACUCCAGACAAUUCCGUCGCUCUCACCCUGUGGAGUUGGCUUGUCAUCUUCCGAAGGCUAAUGUCUGCUUCCAGAAUAGACUCUCUUUUCUUUCUCUUCCUUCCCUGAGCUACCUCGAAGACUCUCAUAAUGGGGCAGACACGCUACUCAAGACCGGUAAAUCCAGCUCCCUCAGCUGAGGAGGUGGAUCAGCCAUCACAAGAUGCUGGAAUGGGGUCUGACGUUCUGGAAUCUGGUGACACGACACCUCCUUCCAAGAGAAAAAGCAAGUUUUCAGGUUUUGGCAAGAUCUUUAAACCUUGGAAGUGGAGAAAAAAGAAAAGCAGUGGCAAGUUUAAGGAGACUUCGGAAGUUUUAGAACGAAAGAUUUCAAUGCGAAAGCCAAGAGAGGAGCUCAUUAAAAGAGGGGUUCUGUUGGAAGACCUUGAACAGGAUGAGGAGGAGCCGGACAAACUCAGCCACGAUGCCUUGAAAAAUGGACACACUAUCCCCAUUGACGGUUCUGGGAUUGUCAACCUUGCACACUUGGAGGAAGAGACUGGAAAAAGAACAAGCCUUAAGAAGCCUGUUCCAUUAGAGGAGCUGAAGAAAUCACAAGGAACCUUGGACGGCCAUCCCAAUUCAGAAGUGGAGCACCACCACCAUCAUGAUUCUCAUGCUCCUAAACAGCCUCUGCUUCCCCCGAAACGACCUUUGUCAUCCUCCUCUCAGGAAACGAGCAAUGUGCAGGCGAGGGAUCUUGGCCCUCCCAGCAGCACCGCAAGGACUAUGCCUCCCUCCACAGUUGUGGCUGCCACCAGCACAGCAAAAGGGGUCAAUUUUUCCACUGCUCCCUCCCCAGCCCCUAGGACUGUGCCCUCUGCUUUCACAAAUGCUCGCACUACUGCUGCUACGAAUGCUACCACGGCAGCACCAGCCAAGCAACCCCCUGUUCCACCUCCCAAGCCAAUGAAUAGGAAUAGCAACCCCUUAAUAGCUGAAUUGACUCAAGCGAUCAGUAGUGGCACAGCUUUGUCUAAGCCUUCUCCGCCUUUGCCUCCCAAGAGAGGCAUCCCAUUAAACUUGCCUUCAUCCCUUGAAUCGGCUGCUGCUCCCAAGUCGCCUAAUGAAAGGUCGUCCUACCCUUCCUCGAUACCGGCGCACAUGCUGCCACCUCACCCGCCGCCUUCUCCUUCGCCACCUCUGCCUUCGCACAUUCCUCCAGAACCCGCCCAUGUCCCUUCGCCUUCCUCCACCCCUGGGGCAGAGCCUCCCCUUCCCUCUGAACUGCGGACGGAAACCCCGCAGGAAGGGCUCUCCGUGCUAGAUGCAGGCAAGAGGAUAGCCGAGCAGGGCUUUGGAGAGCCUCGGAUGCCUUCGCGGCUGCCCCCACUCCCGCUCCACAUCCGCAUCCAGCAAGCGCUGACAAGCCCCCUGCCAUCAACGCCGCCAGCAGAAGGCUCACACAGGGCACACUCGCUGCUCUUUGAGAACGAAGGCUCCUAUGAUGACAACGGGACCCUGGGCAGAACGAAGUCACUGCCGGUUACUAUUGAGAUGCUGAAAGUUCCAGACGAUGAUGAAGAGGAGGAAGGUGUCCAAGAGGAUGUGCAUCAUUCCAACUCCCAUGUUUACAUUGGAGAGUCUCCCACUGUUACGGUCAUUCCCAGGCUCAGCCUCCAGACAGUACAGGAUGAAGAGGAGGGUCCAAGCGACUCAGACUCCGAGGGACCUAUUCUGUACAGGGAGGAGGAGGAGGAGGAUGAAGAAGAUGACAGCCAUAACACUGCACUAGCCAACAAAGUCAAGAGGAAAGAUACCCUAGCCAUGAAACUGGGCCACAUGGCUCCCAGGCAGGAGCUACCAGAAGAGAACACCACGUUUCCUCGGAAGAGCAAGGAAGAGUGGCAGGAAAUCCGCCAGCAGAUUGGAACGACACUGAUCAGGCGAUUAAGUCAGAGACCAACAGCAGAAGAAUUGGAGCAAAGGAAUAUACUUCAACAAAAAAAUGAGGCUGACCGGCAAGCUGAAAAAAGGGAAAUAAAGCGCAGGCUCACCAGAAAGCUUAGUCAAAGGCCUACUGUGGCUGAACUGCAGGCAAGGAAGAUCCUGAGGUUUAAUGAAUAUGUGGAGGUAACAGAUGCCCAGGACUACGACAGGCGAGCAGACAAGCCAUGGACCAAAUUAACCCCUGCUGACAAGGCUGCCAUCCGGAAGGAGCUGAACGAGUUCAAGAGCUCUGAAAUGGAAGUCCACGAAGAGAGCAAGCAGUUCACACGGUUUCAUCGGCCAUGAAUCUUUUAGAAAACCCGCUCCCCAACACUGAUAGAUGUGCCAGAGAAGGUUGCUGAUGACUUGAGGCAUUUGCUGGUUGCCCUCUCCUGAGCUGAAGAGGAACCUUUGAGGGUUGUCUAAGAUAUGCCUUCAGAUCGUAUCCAGGAAAUGACCUUCUUCAGGGAAACAAAAGAGGGGUGGGGAGAGCCUUGUCCAAAAGUUGCAUUUCAUUGGAAGGAGUUUCUGUCAAGUGCCAUCAAAUCACAACGGCGGGGGGAGAAACACUAUACCUCAGAUGAAUCAGCAAUAACCCCCUGCUUAUAGCUGGGUGCCCUGACUCAUGUUAGACGUGGACAGCUCCAGCGUUUGAAUGGAUAAUGCCCUCCCUCUUCCUGUUCUGCUGUAAAUAGUAUGUUCUGAUCUGUUUCACAGGCUUUUUCAAAGGAAGAGAUAAUAUUGGAGCAGCCUUUGUAGGUAGUGAACAGGAAGCAAGAAUGUGUGCCUGUGCAUGUGGGUGAGAGAGAUUGAGAGAGAGUGUGUGCUUGUGCGUGCAUGUGUUCUGUACAAAGGAAACUUUAAAAUACUGUCCUAGCAGGAAACUGACACAUUAUGGGAGAUUUUGUUUUUGUUUUUUUGCUUAUGUCUUUUGGAUAUACUUAAUAUGCAGAAUCACUACUGACCAAUUUUAAAUCAUCCUGCAGAAAAAUUGUAUAGUUCUUAAAUGGCAUAUGCUGCAUUUUGAGAGAGGGGGACAGUUUUUAGACAAUUUUUUUAAGAUGGACAACAAAAAAACUUGUAACGUUGAGACCUCUUUUUUCUGGUGCAUAUUUAGUCCUAUAUAACAGGAACUGCAAAGCCUAAAACAAGUUGCCUUCAGGAAGCAGAUGGCAUGGAAUAUAUUGUAUAUUUUAAAAAAUCAUGACUUCUUCCUUUUCUUUUUAAAAACUUUCUGAAAUUAGA